GAGAAAUCUACAAAAACUUGUGACAAUAAAAAAUGAUGACAAAGAUGGCCUUAGCUGUGUCAGUGGAUUAAAAGCAAUUACUAUGGCAAUAAUUUUGUCUGGACAUGUUUUAUGUUUAUCAUCAGCUCCCCCAUGCAAAAUCCCAUCUUUGUGGAAAAUAUGUAUUUAAAAAUGACGUCAUUGCUUUUGUUAAAUGGCUCAGGGUAUGUUGAUACUUUUUUUCUUAUUUCUGGAUUUUUAACUUCAUAUUUAAUGCUUAUUAAUCUGCAUAAAAGAAACAGAGGGAUCAAACAUAUUUUUGCUCUACAUACAUAGAAUAUUCAGGUUAACACCUUUCUUAUGCUUUUAUAAUAGCAUUCUAUUGUACAGUGUUUUCAAAACUUGGUUCAGGAUUAUUCUGGCAUAAAAAAAAUCGUUGUCGAACAGGAAAGGUGUCAAGCUAGCUGGUGGGCUAACCUUUUAUACAUAAACAACUACAUUAAAAAAGAUCAAAUCUGUAUGUUUCAAUCAUGGUAUUUAUCCUGUGAAAUACAUAUGUUUAUGGUAUCAGUUCUACUGGUACUAUUUUUAUGGAAAAAACCCCAGAAAAGCUAUUAUUACCAUAAGCACAACUCUAAUCGUAUCAAUUACAGCAGUAUUCUUAACAGUCUACAUUUAUGACGAAAAAGCCAUGCUACUAUUAUACAUACCAUUCCUUAAGGAUCCAGUUUUAAACAGCACUUACAAAAGCAUUUAUAUACCGAGUCAUCUUCGGUUGACGCCGUAUCUAAUCGGUAUAUUGGUCGGGUAUCUUCGUUAUAAGAUUAAAAAAACACAACUAUAAAAUGUCACGACUUGGGUGCACUACCGGAUGGUUUGUUGCAUGGUUCUCAUGUUAAGCACAAUGUACUCUGGACCCGUAUUUUAUAAUGAAGAAAUACCAAAAAGUAGUAUUUUAAAUGCUUUUUACUCGUCGAUGUACCAUUUGACUUGGGUGCAUCUAUAUCCUUGGAUAAUUAUUGCAGUUUCUUGUGGAUAUGGAGCCUAUAUUAAUUGGAUUUUAUCAUGGAAUCCUAUGAUGAUUUUAAGUAAAUUGACGUAUUCAACAUUCUUGGUUCAUGGUAUUGUUCAAAUGUUCUUUGCCGGCUCUCUGAGGAGUCCCCAGCAUAUGGGAUACAUGUGGAUUAUCUUUAACAUUGGUGGACAAAUAUUUUUCUCCUUCUUCUUUGGUUGGAUUUUAUCUAUGUUAGUUGAAGCACCAGUUUUGGGAAUAGAAAAAAUAAUUUUUUCAAAGACACAAGCCAAAUAUACAGAAUCUACAGAAAAUCUGGAACAAAAAGUGGAAAAUGGACGCGCAAAUGAAAAAGGUAGUGUGAAUGGUAUAAAUGGAAGUCUUAAUUUAUCAACUCAUAUUUAAAAACAAAAAAUGUUAAGGUUAAAUAAUGACUAGGAUAUUAAAUUAAUAAUGCAAAUGUACAUAUAAUAGGGAGUUAGGGACUUAAUAAAAUUAAGUCGAUAUUGACAUUUGUCUACAUUGUACCUAUAAAUAAAUAUAUUUAUAUAUAUAAAAUUAUAUAAUAUGUUAUGUCUGCGAAAAUAUGAAAAGCUUUAUUAGGUAUAUUUUCU